AUGGACACCUGCUCCAUUGACUCAACAUGUGUGGAGGACAUGGAACACGUGCAGAAGUCGGUGGUCCAGCUCACACACGGCCUGAUCAACAAUUUCUGCUCAGGCACUCUCAUCAAGGGCCCAGGUGACAAGAUCUACAUCCUGACGGCGCGUCACUGCCUGGUGCAGACCGACCAGCGCUUCAUCUACCCGUCGAGCAGCUAUGACGUCAUCUUCGACUACAAGCUGCCGUGCAAUGCCUCCCAGGUCGACGACGUCUCUGCCACCUUUGACCGGUACCUGACGGGGGUGUCUGUUGUGUUUGAGGACAUCACCUCUGACACGGCAGUGCUGGAGCUGCUGCAGGACAUCCCUCCCGAGUGGGGCGCCUGGACGGCAGGCUGGGAUGCAGGCUGGGUGGAGCCUGGGUUCAGCUUCCUGGACGUGUCACAGCCCAUGGGUGAUUCCCAGAAGAUCGCCAGCGGCAAGGUAAUAGACGCCACGUACCAGCUCGUGAUGCUGCCCGACGGCCACGUGCUCAAGGGCCAGCCCCGGAACUGCACCACCGAGGUGUGCGGCUACCUAUUGGGCGUGGGCACCGCCGGCGGCAUGGCUUCCGGCAGCAGCGGUUCCGGGGUGAUUGACGCCGAGCGGGGGGCGGUCAUCGGCGUGGCAUCUGCCAUGGCGGGGAAGGGGCGCUGCUCGGACCCUCUGGUGACCGACGACUCCGGGGGACUCCUGCUGUACAUCGGGACGCUGAUGAAGGCUUGGGACAUGGGCUUCCACAAGCUGUUCGGGCGCAGGGUGGACGGCAAGAGGUGGGCAGAGUACGAAAAGUAUACCCGCCACACCCCCACCCUGACCAUCGGCAAUGUGGUGCCGGAGGUGAACCCGCGUCGGGGGCCCACACGCUUCUCCGUAGUGCUCCAGCAGAGGCCUGUGCGCAACACAACCAUUACCCUGACCCCCGGCCAGCCAGGCUUGGUGAGGCUGAGCCACAGCAAGCUCACGUUCACCCGCGCAGACUGGAGCCAGCCCCAGUAUGUCGAGAUCACAGCAGUGCCGAACCGCUUCGCGAUCAAUGAGACCCGCGCUUUCGACAUCGACCUGAGAUGGCCGGUCGUGGAUGCGACCGGCAAGUGGAGCGAGCGCACCAAGGCCAUUUCGGGUGCCGUGUGGGCUGAGCGCAAGGGCAACAGCUUCUUCAACCCCCAGGAGAUCCAACUGCCCUUCAGGCAUGUGAUCAGUCUCGAGAGGUACAGUCCCAACGUGACCCUGAUCGCCGAGCGUGAGGGCCCCUUCAGGCCCGUGGAGUACUUCAAGUACACUGCCACCGGCCCACAGGGUCUGGUCAUCGACACCUGUCCCCACGGCAGCGCCAGCGACAACACAACCGUCGUCUCUGCCGUGUUCAACCAGGACUGGUCGCUCUACAACUUCUACAUCGUGGUCAGCCCGAUGACAGACUUCAACAUUCCUGGCGAGAGUCUGAAUUUCACUGGGAAGGCGUCUGUCACCAUAUCGAAUUCGUCCCUCGGCGAGAUGCUGGAGCUGUUCCUGGCAAAGGACGUCAUCCACGAGGUAACGCCUAUGCCUGGCCAGACUAUAGCCAAGGGGAGGUCGAGCCCCAGCACCUUUUACUACCGGCCCGAGACCAGCAUGACCGUCGACGUGAGCACAUGCAACUCCAACACAACGAUCGGCGCUCGCCUGGCCAUCCUGAACGAUCGCAUGGAGGUCAUCAGCACGGGCGGGUCCCCCAAAGUCCACGCCUGCAUCCCCUCCAUGACUGCCAAGCUGGAAGGGGGCCAGACGUACUUCUUCAUGGUUACGACGGCCGUGAACCAGCUCGCCACGACCAGGGUGCUACGCCAGGUUGCCUUCACCAUCACAAAGGUUUGA